GCCAAUGAGACUCAUUACUUUGUUAAUUAUCAACUGACAAUGGAAGACAGUUUGAUAAGUCGUGACCAAGAGAUCGAUCUCCUCACAAAUUUCACUACAAAUACGAAAAAUGAGUUGAAUGGAAUAUUGUUGAAGAUUUCUCCUUCAAUAAUCUGCCCAUUCAACUCCUCGCACCGACUGCAUCCUGAAAGCGUAGACAAUCAUAUUGAAAGUUGUCUCUGGAAAGCUGAAGGAUACAGCAGAGACGAUGUACCUUUAUCGACGGCUUCAGUCCCCCCCGAUGCACCCACUUGUAUAAAAUUGGAUGAAAAAAUCAUACAGGAAAUUCUCCAGGAGACAAAGCCCCCCGGUGCACCUGCCACAGAAGGUGAGGACAGUCGGUUGAUUCCACGCACCUCAGACAGACUGUUAAGUGAUUUUACCCCCGAGGAACGAAGAAUCCUCUACGACUACGUGGUAUCCCAUACAGAGCCCCCAGAUAUUGGAGAAGACAUUGCUGACCUCAAUAGAACGCAUCGAGAUGAAGCUGGUAGAUCAUCCUAUCUGGAGCUUUUGGCUCAGGAAAGGAACUUGAAGAGAAGGAGAGUUAAACAUCGUGGGGUGCACACGAAUAAAAAAUCGCAGACUGAGAUAAUGCGAGAGGUUAUACAUCAGCAGAUGGAGAUGCUGUCGGAGUACCUCGUCGAGAAAAAUCAGUCUACCGAGGUCUUGUCGAAUGCAGGAGAUGACAGAGGCCCCAGGAAUGGGGUUGAACCCGUGAAGGAGGACAAAAGGGACACGAGGGAUCGAAGCCACUCGAGAUAUGAUCGAAAGUCCAGGAAUAUUAGGAGAGACUCUGAUGAUUUUAUUUCGUCUGAGAGGACAAAACAUUCCAAACACUCGAAGUCUUCGAGAAGUCGCCCACAUUCACAAGGACGAAAGAAGCAUAAAAAACACCAGAGAAGUUGUUCAAGAGAUCGGGAUAGGCACAAAUCGGGAUUCAGGAAUCGAUCGAGGAGUCGAGAGGAGAGACAUUCGAGGAAACGAAGGAGAAGCCCAUGAAACUGAGGAUUUUUUGUAGAAAUGUACUGAAAAUUUUGAAGACGAUGAAGUGUAAAAUAUUUUCAGGUACAAAAAUAAAUUAAUUUUAUGGGUAAUUAUUUUUAA